AUGAUUCUAAUUUUCUUCAAUUUUGUUCGCUUAAUUUACCACCUCUGGGUCUCCGAAAUCAGGAUCUCCUUCAAAAGCCUCUUCAACGCCAUUGCCUUUCUUUUCCUUAAGCUUCCUUACUUUCUUAUCCUGUGUAUACUCAUCGUUGACAUCUUGGAGGCAAGGAGUGGUGGAAAACUCGACCUUAUCCUCUGGAAAUCCUUGGUCUAGCUCUGGGUCAGGUUUAAACUCAGAAUUCUUGACUGCUUCUGAUACGUGUUGUGUCUUCUCAUCCUCGAAAGUUGUAGGACCUGCACCCACGGUUGUUUGGGGUGGAGCUCCAGCUCCUUUCUUCUUAUUCUUCUUUCUCUUAGUUCUUGGGUCUCUCUUAUCGACUUUCUUGCUAGGAACAUUAGUUCCAUGGCUGUCUUCUUCUCCAGCACAGGUGUUUCCCAUAUUUA